CAGUAACGGUAAAACCCUUUAGCCCUUUGCUCGAUGCUAAUAACAUUUCUGCAAGAAGUCAUGUGUAUCAAAUUAGGCUUUGUUGCCGGCAGUCCGGCUCCAAAAUUACUUCAAAGUUACCAAAGUCGAACCGAAAUGUCAUACGCUAAGAACAUUCACAAUAAUACUUUCAGCCAAAAUCGGCAGAAAAAUAAGAAUAAUCAGCCUGGGACGGAAAAAUGAUAUUCUUAUUAUAAAGUAGUAUCAAGGAAGAGUUAUGAACGUACAUACGGUGGUUCUAACUUUUAAGAUUGCGGUGUCGUCAGUCGCAAUCUUUGAAAGCUGAUGAGAAUUAUUCUCGUACAUUCUGGCUAUUGAUUGUCAUAGUGUAAAUGGUGUCUGGCGCUUGGAGAAGAGAAGUUUAUAUACAACCCUGUCUUGUGAACUGAUUCAUCUUCUCUUGUUAAGGAAAAGGUAAUUGCUCCGAUCCGACCAACGCGUCGUGGAUCAGUCGCCACAUGCAAUAGAUUAGUUUUCUUAGCUAUUCCCUAGAGCUUUUUUUAGGAGAGAAAGUUUACUUAGCAUUGGAUUUUUCAUGUUUUAUUCCAGGAUAAAAGAGUAGAUUGCAAUCCUGGACAAUGGUCAACAACACGUCAGGACCUGGCAAUUCCACGUCAAACCAAACAGACGACAAAGUUAUCAUGUGGUGUGUAGCAUACGCAAUCGUCACAGUAGCCAUCGUCUUCAAUAAUGUGGCAGCAAUAUUAGCCUUCACUAAAUCUCCUCUUUUGAGGAAAUUUGGAAAUUAUUUCCUUGUAAAUCUGGCGGUAGCGGACCUGAUGGUCGGGGCUAUUGCCUUACCGAUGUAUAUUCAUUUGAUUUAUAUAUCACCUUAUACAGGUUCUUCAGGAACCAAAGUUAAACCUUUUCAGACAGUUCACAUUGCUUUUGAUGUCUUCUCCGGGAUGGCGUCUGUGUUCACACUAACUGUUAUUUCUCUAGAGAGAGUAUAUGCUAUUUUUUGCCCUUUGCGAUAUCGCAGACUUUCCAGAGGAACUUACUUCGUUGUUUUGGCUAAGGUGUGGAUUCUUGCCGGUGCUCUGACGGGGACUAGGCUUUUAGAUUCAUUCGAAAUUCUCCAUCCCAAGAUAUUUGCGUUUGCCUUGGCUCUUCUGUCUUUCACUUCUCUCAUGGUGAUGAUCGCGAGUUACGUCGCGUUGUGGCUGAAAAUCAAAAUCUGGAGCAGAAAUCAACACCGGGCUGCUGGAGAAAAAGAACGCAAUUUAGCCGUGGCCAUUGCUAUCAUAACUGCUGUUUUCUUGACGACCUGGACUCCGUUUCAUAUUAUGAACAUCUUGGUGAACUUCAAGACGUCAUUGCUUGACGGCAUUCCUUAUGAAGUCAUCUUGUUGGCAAAGUUCUUACAUUACGGCAACUCGAUUGUUAAUCCAGUGAUUUACUGCUAUAAAAUUUCUGAAUUUCGGAGAGCUCUGAAGAACUUGAUCGCAAGAAAGAAAAAAAGUAGAGAAACAAAAGUUUAAUUGCUUCCAAACUAUUGGAUGAUUAGAAAGGUGUAAAAUAUAUUCAUUUAGAUGAAAGUGUAAGUUCAUAAUUAUUUUUGGCUAUAAGGAAGUGCAAGAGACUAAUGUGUCUUGGGAAGCGACAUUUCCCUUAACUGUACAUAUGUUUCCACACGUUUUGUGGUAUUAUCUCUCCUACAAAGAUCAUAUUAAACAAUUGUUAUUUGCAAUCCGUCUCAAUCUUCCUUACGUUGUGUAACUACCUGCAUAAAUUACUGUACUUAGUCAAAGGAGGGGCGGUGGCCUAACGCUUAGUGCGCAGCUAGACACCGGAUAGAGCGGUCUGGUUUUACGGCCAUUGCGUUGUGUUCUUAGGCAAGACUGACACUUUCAGCAGUUUUCUCUCCACUGUAACUGGUACACGUAUCGGCAGAUUUAAUCCCAGGAUUAACGUUGCGAUGGACCAGUAUCCCAUCCAGGAGAGAGUUAUUACACUUCAUCACUUCAUGAUACAGAAAUCGGAUUUUAGUCAUGCAGCUGGGGUUAAGAGGCUUUGGGUGUAAACCGGGGUGCGGAAUUAAUUACUUUAUCAAUCUUUGCUAUUACCUUACUCUCUUUAAAAGGAGCCGUGUACAGAUUCGUGCUAGGUGAAGCACAGAAGUGAAGUAUGCCCUGGAUCACAGGAUAAGAACGGCAACAUCGAAAUUACCCGGCUCUUUAGAAAUAAAACUAAAAGAUUAAAAGGGAAAAUUACUUCCCGCUUACAGGAGGAUAACUGUCCAGUUUUUAAGUUCUGUUUAAGUAAGUGCUACUUAAAUGGUACACUUGAUAAGUCUGCGACAAGUAGUGUAUUGACGGGUGUUCUACAAAACUUAUAUAGACGCGCUAUCAGUGUCCACAUCAAAGGAGCUCAGUUAUUUUGGCUGUAUACAGAGUUACCUUUGAAUUGAUGGAACCUGAAAAUAGUAGUUUAUUGAGAUGAGCAAACACCAAAGAGAUAACAAUAAACCAUAAAGAAACAAGGAUGGUCAAGGUUAAAAAUCCGCUCAGCACAAGCAAUAAACCUGCUGUAUGGUGUGAAAUGACUUUAGUUGUGAGGAGAAUCUUAAAAUCCUCUCCCGUACUCAACUGACCAGAACAGGUACGUGCACAAUCAGGACAAAGAAAACGGCAACUGAAUGUCUAAUAAUAAAGGAAGAACUUAUGCUUAUGUGGCUUGUGGUGUUACUAGGCAUAUAAGUUGCACUUUAUUUCCAUGGACGUGCGCUGAGAGAGCUAGGGAACUCAAUUUUAACGGGCAGAACGCGAUUCUUAGCUCAUGCAUCACUUUGCAAAUAAGCAGUAUGCCUUUUAGCAAAGUAAAGCUGACGCGCAGAGAAAUUUAAUUUUGUUCCAUGGGGUACCAGGCACAAGUUGAGCUUUUUAAACAACAGCGCUAGCACUACAAUUGUCAGACUGAAAACAAAGGAUCAACCAAUAAAUAUCCGCUGUUUACAGCCAAUAACCUGAUAACAAGGAAAGUUUUGCAUCUCUGCUUUAGAAUAAACAACACAUGCAGGUAAUGAUUGAGCAAAUAAUAAACGAUAUUUCCUUGCUAAGCCCUAUUAUUUCACCCACCACCGCAUUUCAAUCUGGGGCAAAAAAAUUAUGCGACAGUUGAAACGACAAAGGACAAUACAACGGAGACCUGAACACAGGCCUCCUUCGUCUUACUUGAUCAUUUUACUUUUACGUAAAAUAAUGCAUGAAGUUUGCCACCAAAACAAAGACAUCCAUAAGCAACUGUGUUAUUACCAGGUAAUAACCUCAAAAAAGAAAAAAAGACUUCCGUUUUUAAAUUAAUUUUCCUUUAACUAAUUGGAGUUAUGUAAGCAAUUCGUUAAUGAAAAAUACGCACCGUCAAGGCGUCAGUGUAUAAACUGAUUGUUUUCAGAUGUGUAACAAACGUGUUAUUAGACUGUGACAGUAGAAUGACGGUCCUAAAAAUCGCUUACAAAAUCUCGAAAAUUUUAUUUGACAUAUUGAAAAUGAAAAAAAUAAAUUCCUUAUUAUACGCAAG